AUGACUCACAUAUACAAACAUGACUACCAACUCGCUUAUAGCCGUAGUGUCAAGGCCGCCACCAACGAGCGUGAUCUCUCCGAGCCCACAGAUAUGCCGAUGGCGGACGUUCAAACGUCGGAAAGCAUUUUACACGCACGGGUACCGAACUCCGCCCACGUCGUUAGCGCUGCGAAGGCUAGUCCGCUGGGGUUGGCCAAGAACAAACCCAUGCAGCAUACACAGCGCAAGGGGAGGGCCAAGACAUCGAGUGGCAAGGUCUCAGGCACACGCACUGGAGAACGGGCCAGUAGAAGUAUAAUGUCUUAUUUCGGGGCAAAGAACGUGGAUAAGCCUGUGGUGGUAUCGGAGGGGGUGGUUGCGGUUAAGGGGGUAGGUGCGCAGGUAGCGAGGAGUGGUAGGAACAACGGAGGUAGAGCUGGUCGCCGGCUACAGAUAGGCAAGUCGAAUGCUGAAUGUGUGGAUCUAACGGCUGAGGAAGGGCCGGAUUCUGGCUCUAAUUCUGAACAGGGGAGUAGUGAUACGUCUGGGAUAAUAGGACCAAUACCGGCCAACGUACAACCCACUGUGGAACAAGCCCUGCCCGAAAAGGCUGGGUCUGGGUCUGAUACCAAUGCAAACUCAUCAUUACCAACGACAGGGCCGUCCGGUACAGGGGAUGGGGAAGCGUGUGCGAGUAUGGAUGUGGAUGAAGAACCGAGGACCACAGGUACUGCCAUAGCCAAUGAAAUGGCAGAGAAAGCAUCGACCACCAAUGAAAUUGCAGACAAAGAAAUGAAUACCAACGAUAGGAAAGCCGCUGAUAUUUGUACCAACGUGCAGAGCUCCACUGCGAAAGUGGGCGAAGCUGCUACAGUGCAGGUGGAUAGUGGGGAGGAGGAGAUGGCUUCAACACAUCCACGUGAACAGGAGAGGUCGUCAGAGAGAAGCUCGGUGCACACCAUUGUGCCCACCGCCACUAAAGACACCCCCGAAGAGAUACCUAAGAAUUCAGAAGCUGGCAUUGCAGAGAUGUACCUUGGUGUAGAUAAAGGGGAGUCAGUUAACGAAACAGAGGGUCUCUCAGCGGGAGAGGGUGAUGAGGUGGUUGCCAUGGAGACGGAAGAAUUACAGAAGACUGCUGCAAAGGAAGCUUCGCUGACAUUCCCGCUGUACACGAUAGUCUGGGCAAAGUAA